CCGCCUCUUCGGUGGAUGAUUGUGAUUUUGGCAUUUUUGGUUUUGCUGUGCACUUCAUGUACUUCAAAGUGAGACGACAAAGAUGGCGCAGAAGUUUCAUCAUAGCAGCACUAAAGUCAGUAUCAACAGGGAUACAGGAUCCAACAAUGACGGGCAAAGUCUGGUGGGACGAGCUCUGAUGAUUCGCUUGGAUGCUCAACGUAGCGUCUUUUCAAAAGGAAUGAUUGUGGCGUACAAUCCUUUGAUGAAAUUGCACACCAUUAAACUGUUGGAAACCAAGGAACAGAAGCAACUGUCCUUGAAAAACCAUGAACUCCGUUGGUUGAAAAAGAAAUCCAAAAAGCCUCCUUUCGAGCUUGCUAUCAAACGAGCUGCUGUGGGACGGUCCAUCCGAUUGUUGAGCCAAGAUCAAAAGAAAACUGCCGACGGAACGAUUAUCCAAUAUCUGGAGAACGUCGACAAGCACACAAUUCGACUUGAGAAAACCAACACUUUGUUGACCGUCAAUUUAGAUCGUGGCAAGUGGCAGUACACAGACUUGAUCGGUGGUCCUACUAACAGCGAAGACUGGAACAACGCGUUAGUAACAUCCAGGUACCUGGGAGUCGAGAGGAUUUCGAUUGACAAAUGGUCCUCCAAAAUUCGCAAGCCGAACGGAGAAACUUUCAAUAUUGGGACAUUCAGCAGUGAAACAGAUGCAGCGAUGGCGUACGAUGCCUGCGCAAGGGAUUUUGGUCAGCAGAAACUCAAUUUUCCGAAGAGGAACAACUCGACGAGUGACUCGGCCAAUCAACCCAGCGAUACUACGUUAGAGGAGCCUCUCGAGGAACAAUCAAGCUCCUCCAAGUAUAGAGGAGUGACUUUUCAUAUCACAAGCACUACAUGGCAAGCACAGAUUUUGAUUAACAACAAGAGCUGUGUGCUGGGUCAUUUUGUUGAUGAGAAGCAUGCUGCUUUAGCCUUUGACUUGGAGGCAAGAAAGGUUGGGUGGCCUCAGGAUCAGCUGAACUUUCCUGAUGAACAAGCCACAGAAGAACAGAUUCAUUCAUGGAUAAGGCAUCGUUAUGGCUUUUCCCAGUACCGGUAUCGAGGUGUCUCCUUUAACAAACGAAAUGGCAAGUGGCACGCACGGAUAACAAACAACGGCUCAACCUGCUAUUUGGGAUCCUUUUUGGAGGAGAACCAUGCUGCUCUUGCAUAUGACUUUGAAGCAAGGAAACUGCAAAAGCCUGAGCUCCGUUUGAACUUUCCUGAUGAGCAUCCUACAGCUGAACAGAUUUGUGAAUGGAAGGAGAAUUCCCAUGGUGGCAGUUCCCAGUAUCAUGGUGUCUCAUAUAACAAACGAUAUAGCAAGUGGCACGCGAUUAUAUCAAGCAACAGUUUGGGAUACUUCUUGGAGGAGAAGCAUGCUGCUCUUGCAUAUGACUUUGAAGCAAGGAAAAGUGGGCAGCCUGAGCUUUGGAUCAACUUUCCUGAUGAGCAUCCUACAGCUGAGCAGAUUUGUGAAUGGAGGCAGAAACAUGGUGGCAGUUCUCAGUAUCGAGGUGUCACCUAUGACAAACAAUCUAGCAAGUGGUGGGCACAUAUAAGAAACAGUGGCUCAGCCUGCUAUUUGGGAUCCUUCUUGGAGGAGAAGCAUGCUGCUCUUGCAUACGACUUUGAAGCAAGGAAAAGUGGACAGCCUGAGCUUUGGAUCAACUUUCCUGAUGAGCAUCCUACAGCUGAGCAGAUUUGUGAAUGGAAGCAGAAACAUGGUGGCAGUUCUCAGUAUCGAGGUGUCACCUAUAACAAAAAAUCUAGCAAGUGGCGGGCACAGAUAACAAACAGUGGCUCAACCUGCUAUUUGGGAUCCUUCUUGGAGGAGAAGCAUGCUGCUCUUGCAUACGACUUUGAAGCAAGGAAAAGUGGACAGCCUGAGCUUUGGAUCAACUUUCCUGAUGAGCAUCCUACAGCUGAGCAGAUUUGUGAAUGGAGGCAGAACAUGGUGGCAGUUCUCAGUAUCGAGGUGUCACCUAUGACAAAAAUCUAG